AUGAGCAAACUCGCAAAUAUUACUCGCAUUUUGGUGAUUAUGAUAAGUUUAAUUCAUCCACAUACGUGUGGUUUUGCUAGAGCUGCCGCAUGGGAGUUUACAAGAGCCGUUACCGCAAAUAUAACACGCGAUGAGAACGCUACGCCAAAGCAACAUCAACAGCGUGUUGUACAAGAGACAUAUACGCGAUUUUCCAACAUGUUCGUCGGUACUACAUUCAGUAUAGACUUACAAACCUUUCAACGAAAGCUGCCGCCGCUGCGCAAGAAAUUCAGCACUUGGAAUUCUCGCAAGACGAAAGAACGUCAACAAUAUUUAGAAGUAUUCAGUGCCGAGAAUUGGAAAAAGUUACCAGCAGUACGAAAGGCCGAACACAGCUUGAUGAACUGUCAAGGGUGCUUCCACAGAUAUUCUGUAUAUCAGUCAUUCUUCCCUGUGUGCUCAAAGGAGUUCAAAGGUUGUUCAAUGCGAAGCCCAAUAGCUGUUGCUCAAGACCUUGCUUCUAACAUGCGCACGAACUCAGCUUCUAUAAAUGCCACUCGAAAGGAAUGCCAACAAGCAGCCCAAAAAAUUCACGACGUACUUAGUCCUGCUUUUGAGCAGACAUAUAGAACUCCUCUGGGAGAAGCAUUUGCCAUGAUCAAAGAGAUGAAUCUUCAAACCAAGAAGUCGAAAGUUGAAAAAAAGAAGGAGAGGAGAGACUGUUAUAAAAAGGCUAAGCUCUCAGUGGAAUCUAAGUGGAAAGAGACGGAGGUGGUCAGGCAAGUGAACUAUAAUUAUAUAAAUUAUAUUUUACUAGUAGUGCAUAGUAAUUUAUUUAUAGUGAAAACAACUACUAAUACUGGACACAUGUCAGGGAUUUUUCAUAAAACAAUUUACUAAUUGGGGUGGUGAAUCCAUUGCCUAAUAAUCUGUAUCAACAGUAAGUGAAAUAUGCAAAUACAAAUUAUAAAUGUUAUAUAUAAAUAUAAUAUUAUGUUAGUCUAAAUUGGCUGUGAGUGAGCAACUUUUCCCACCUAUUGUAUAUACAGUACAAUACAGACUAUAUAUAAUUAUGAAUCAAUUAAUAGGUGUUUCGGUAAUCGUCAAUCAUUGAGAGCAAGGCAACGGGAACGGCUGGCAAUGGCAUUUGAAAAGACCCCCAACAAGAUCUCAAAUGUGCCAAAUAGUAAAGUAAAGAGCCCAGUUGGGAACUUUGAGAAUAUUAUUUGGGACAAACAGCAAAUGAAAGAAGAAGUCAUGAGUUAUGAGGUUGGUACACUCAUCAACUGGUCUGAUUUGGCACGACGCUACAACAUCAAAAACACAAGUGGAGAAACAGCAAGAAAUGGUGGUCAAAUAGCUCAAGAAUGGCUGAAAUCAGUUGGUGUUGAUAUUGGCCAAUUUAAAAGAAAAUCUGACUCUGACUUGCCUCGAGCUCGACGAAAGAAAUUGAAAGGGGCUGGAGGAGAAAUUAGUUUACCCACUCCAAGUACAAAUGAAAAUUUAAAAUGCAAUUUAAAAGAAAAAAUAACAUCUGGAGAAUAUACCAUGGGAGAACUGAUAGUACCAAAAAAGGUAUUUUGUCAUGUGCAAUAAUCAAUAUUACAUACAGUGUAUGACAUGAUUCAGAGGCAAAGCUAGCCAUCCCGGCAUACAUAUGCUAUUUGAAUAUCUCAGGUCAUACAUAUGCUAUUUGAAUAUUUCAAAUCUUAAAAGUUGCAUAGCAUGAAUUAAUUGUUGCUAUGGCUAGCUUUGCCACUCAGGACAUUUAACUGUACUGUACUUAAAUUAUUGUAAAUGUUUUGUACUGGUUUAGUGCAUGCACCUUGAUAGCCAUAAGUAUAGGAUGUUUAGCAUAGGCCUUUGUUGAUGAUCAUUAUAAUUACUGGUCAGCAGAAUGCCCAAAAAUCCAGAAAUUUACCCAUCAGGGCUGGCAAAUUAUAGUUGAUUCCAGGCCCCCAAUGGUAUUUUAAAAUUGAAUUUCUCCUUUCAGAAUACUGGCCAUCAGAAAGCAUUUCACACAUUUAUACUGCCACUUUCAUUGUUAUCGAUAAUGUUGAAUUAUACAACCCUGAUCACAACUGGCCUAAUUUCCUCUGCAAAAUAGCAGAUUAAUUCUUUUCUAGAAGCGGCUACUAAAAGCACAUGCAGCUAAGGGUAUAUACUGCACAGUGUGUAAUUUUUCUAUUAAUUAAUAUGAUUCAUCAUUUAGCAUCAGUUUUUGCUUGUUCACUUUAUAGUGGAAGAAAUUGACCCUGGAUGAUAAUGGCCAAGUAGUUGAAUCCGAGUUUGAGGUUGAAGGAAGAAAGCACUCAUUACUAGACAUCCGAAAAAAGAUUUUAGAACAGUCAAGUGAGUUCAUGCGGGAAAAAUCAGACGAACAAUAUUAUGAAAUGAGUGAAAGCGAUAUAAUUGGUUCUUUAAAAGCAAUUGGUGAAUACAAUGAAGCCAAAGAUGAAGAUAUUUCUUGUCUGAGGCAGAAAUUAAUUAGGAUUGAAAGAACAAGGCACUUUAAGACUUGGCAUGAUUUGUCCACAGUUUCAAACCACAGUCAUUUGGUGUUCAUGGUGACAUUGCUAUAUGAUCCUGCUGUUUACUACACAAAUGAAGAAUUUAAGAUCAAGACCAAGCAAGAAGUAGAUGUGCAGGCCAAAGUAGAAGUACCACAAGUUCACAUCAUAGCCAGAUCAAGCUCUGCUGAUAGUGAACAGUUGGCUUACAUUGAGACUAGAACAGAGUGUCUUUGUAAAUUAACUGAUCCUAUCAGUACAGAAAAUGGGAAUGAAGUGACCGAUGUCAUGCGAUUCUUUCAUGGAGACAGUCCAGCUAGGCAAUACGAAAGUGGGCAGCAGAAAGGUGGACACUUUUACUGCCCUGUGUGUGGUGCUAAUGCACAUCGGGUCUAUGAAUUAGAGUAUUGUCUAAGAUCCAAAUACAUCUCCCUAGCAGAGAGACAACAGGUAGUUUUGCAAGGGCCUAUUGGCCAAAAGAAAUCACUGGAAAGAAACAACAAGCCUUUUGCAAAACUAUCAAAACAAGAACUUAUCAGAGAAUUGUCGGCCAGAGGAAUCUAUGAAGGCAAUCGUAAAGACGAACUGGAGAAACUUCUCACUGACGAACUGCAUGGCAUCCAGAGAGUUCCAGCGUUGCUGUUUCAUACACCAAACAAGGGCUUGGAGACCAUCAAUUGCCAGAAUUAUGAGAUCCUACCAUUUGAGCCAUUACACGAUAUCG